GUGAGGCUGGCUUUCCUGGGGCUGGUUUCCAGUGAAGUGUUCCUUUUGGCUUGUUUUUAAGCCAGGGUGUUGACUUUUGUAGUCGUGCAGGCUGAGAUGGAAGGGUGGCAAGUUCCAGGCCUGCCACCAAAGCCUAUGACCAAAUAAGCAGGGGCAAAGCCCUGUCUUGCAGGUGCAAAACCCUGUCACGCUUAAGAGUUCUGGAUGGCACCUUCCCCUCCAUUUAUAGAUUAGGCGACUCACCUUGUGGGUUCUGCCCUAGGGCAGAUGCAGGGACUUUUUCUAGAAGGAUCCUCAACUGCUUCUCCCCCUCAGCAUCCUCUCUGAGAUGAUGGCCCAGCUAGACAACCUCUCCAGCCUGGUGUCCAAGGUCAAUCAGUCCUUCGAAGAACACCAAAAGCAGGUGGGCAGCCUCUUCCAGCUGAUGGAAGUCUUCAGCAGGUCCCCGACCAUCCUAGAGAUGGUUAAGGCUGCCCAGGUCUCCACUGAGAAAGAAGCCAAUCAGGGUCCAGAGGCUAUGGCCUCCCAGGACCCCAAACUCAAAGCCACCUCAGGACCUCCGCCAUCCACCAGACCCCGGUGCCUCUCAGAGACCGAGGAGCAGCAGGACCCACAGCCCGUGUGGGACAAGGAUCCCCUGUUCUGGAGAGACACCCUGACCUGGGAACUCUUGAAACUUUUCACAGAGAACCAACAAGGACAGGAGGUCACGGUGACAGAGAAGCUGCUGGCAUUGGAAAGGAAAGACACUGGCCGGCGGAGUAUCUCUGAAUUACAGCUGGAGCCUGACCCCAGGCACAGGAACAGCCAGACUGACUUCUACACCAUCCUGACCGAGACUCCCUCAGAUCUGCUUGGUGGUUCCCACAGAGACAUCAGCCAGCCCCAACAUGAGACCCAGGAACCUCCUCGGUGUGCUGGUCCGUUCCUGAAGCCCCUAUCCUGGGACGAUGAGGACUUGGAACACAGCUGGAAGAGGCCUGGCACAUCACUCUGGCAAUCGAAGAGGUUCUCUGUCCCUCAAGGCCUGCAGAAGGUUCGAGUGCUGAAACACCAGGAGCUCCUGUUGGCGAUGGCCGUGAGCUGCUACACAAGGCACGUCUUCACUUGUAGCCGGAGUGGCAUCAAGGUGUGGAGCCUAGCGAACCAGGUGGCCGAGGACGAAUUCCCCGAAAGCCACUUGCAAUGUGGCAUCCAGGACAAUGGAGCAUACCUACGCACCUGCCUACUGUCCUCCAACAGUAAGACCCUGUACGCAGGUGGGCACAACCUGCCCGGAGUGAGUGUGUGGGACCUGGCAGCCCCGUCCCUGUGUGAGAAGUACCAGCUGCCCUGCAAGGGCUUGUCCUGCCAGGCGCUGGCCAGCACAGGGGAGAACGUGGCAUUUGCUGGCUUCACAGAUGGCACGGUCAGGAUUUGGGACCUACGGAGUCAGGGAGUGGUCAGGGACCUUGAAGGCCCUGUCAGUGCAGCCAAGAGUCUCGUGGUCAAAGAUGACAAUGUCUGGACGGGAGGUCUGGAUGCUUGUCUGCGAUGCUGGGACCUACGGGCUGCCAAGGUGUCUCUGGAGCACACAUUCCAGUCCCAGAUCAUGAGCCUGUCGCACAGUCUGCGGGAAGACUGGCUGCUGCUGGGCCUGGCCAACGGCCAGCACUGCCUGUAUGACAGCAAGAAGAGGAUUGAGGCACUCGCUGUGGGUUCCAAGGACAAGACCAUCUUAGGUCUCAAGUUCUCCUCAAAUGGCCAGUGGUGGGUGAGCGUGGGAAUGGACAACCUUGUCACCGUUCACAGCAUGCCGGCAGGAGUGAAGCUGUUCCAGGUCCCUGAGGUUGCCACUGUCACAUGCUGUGACGUGACAGCCAAUGGCAGGCUGAUUGUCACAGGAUCAGGGGACUGUGCCUCGGUGUACAAGAUCAAGUACUGACAGCUUCCAUUCCCAUCUUUUCCUCCCCCCAACUGCACAGUGGUGGAUGUGGGUGGGUGUGAGAG